AUGCAAAAGGAUGCAUCUGCUGCCAAGAGUACAUCCUUAAUUCCUUCAAAGGAUCAAAGCAAGGACAUUGCUAGGAGUGCAUCUGGUGCCAAGAGUGCUGCUACUACUGAGAAGCCAUCCAAAAGCAGCCAGCCUAAGGCGGCGGCGGCUGCUGCUGCUGAGAAGCCAUCCAAAAGCAGCCAGCCUAAGGCGGCGGCUGCUGCUGCUGACAAGAAGGCGGCUGCUGCUGAGCCUGACAAGAAGGCUGCUGCUGCUGCUGCUGUUGACAAGAAUGCUGCUGUUGAGAAUGCUUCUGCUGCAUCUGAGAAGAAGAAAACUGCUACUGCUGCUGGGAAGAAGAACACUGCUGCCGCUGAGAAUGCUUCUGCUGCUUCUGAGAAGAUGAAAGCUGCUGCUGCUAGUGCUGCUGCUGGGAAGGCCUCUGUUGGUGAGAAGAAGAAGGCCUCUGCUGGUGAGAAGAAGAAGGCAGCUUCUACUGCUGCCAAGGAAUCCAAGAAACAACCAUCAAAUGUAUGGACCAAAGCACACCCCAAAUUCACUUAUGGACAAGCUAUUCUAACAGAGGAAGAACUACUUGUCGCUGAACCUUUCACAGUUGAACUCCACACUUACUACAUGAAAGGUUGUCAGGGAAAUAAGAAAAAUGGCAUUGUGGUCAAGUACAGGCGUCAGCAUUAG